AUGGCGGCUGCGGCGGAAAUGAUAAUCGCUUUGAAUCUGAGGAAGAAUGCUCUGCUCGCUGCUCAGACGAACCUGAACCGGAGCAACCUAAGCCAGAAGCCAGCACCUCCAAGUGCUUCCUGGCAUCCAAUUCGGGCAACUGCACCGCAACACGAGGUCCGCUGGUACUACAACAGUCAACUGGGACUCUGCGACGAGUUCCCCUACACAGGAUGUGGCGGCAAUGCCAACAACUACGCCAGCGAGGAGGAGUGCCAGAGGGAAUGCCAUGACGUCCAGAACACCUGUGCAUUGCCACCUGUCCAGGGGCGAUGCAGUGAGAGCUACCAACGCUGGUUCUUCGAUGAGCGCAGCGGAGGAUGCCACGAGUUCGAGUUCACCGGAUGUCGCGGUAAUCGCAACAAUUUCGAGUCCGAAGGGGAGUGCCUGAGCUUCUGCCGCAGUCAAGAGUCAGAAGAACCCGCUGAGCCACAACCUCCAGCACAGCUCUACUCCAGAUGCGACGCGCCACCGGUGUUUGGAGACUGCGACAGCCGCAUUUCGGCCUGGUUCUACGACAAAUCUUACAAGGUCUGCACGAUUUUCACCUACAGCGGAUGCGGCGGAAACGGAAACCGUUUCGAGACGCGGGACCAGUGCGAGAGGCAGUGCAAGGCGGAUUCACGAUUGGUUGAUGUCCAUGCCGCUUUGCAUUUGGAUUGGAAGAAUAGCUACACAGCCGGUUCUACCAUUUCCAUGGUCUGCUCCGUUCAAGGGUAUCCAGAGCCCGAUGUUACCUGGGCCAAGGACGAAGUGCCUCUCUACUCCACUGGGCGGAUUCAAAUUACAUUUCUUCAUUGUAAUGGUGCAAUAACUUAA